CACCAACGGACCGUGACAUCCGCCUUUGGGUCCUUUCCGCAUCCCAUCUUGACAAAGAAUCACUAUUAUCCCCAGCACCGCUUGAUAAACCAAUCUCCAUCCACAUCUACUGCGCACGCUCCAAAUCCACCCUUCCCACUCCCCCAUUCCCUCCCAUAUUGUCACGAUCUCACAAUCAAUUACAUCAUGUCAAGGGAUACCUCAAGAGCUCGAGGAAAAUCCUUUGACGCAAAAUCCCUCUUGACACUAGCCUUCAACCACAAAGAAGCUGCACAGCAUCUAAAUGACACGUGGAUGGCAAUGCAGUAUAGGAUGCAAGAUCCUGAGGGGUCAGAGAGACCAGAGAUCUACAAGAAUGUUGACAAGAACCGGGUAGCAAAAUCGAAUGGAACUGUUAUGUGGGGGGAGCAAGCCAGACCAGAUAUUCUCAUAAAGCUAUUAAACUUUCAACGAGGAUAAUAUAUUGGGCUAAUGUGAUUGGUUUUGUCUAAACUUUUUGUAAGGCUGUACCAAAGCUUGGGAUUUGUAAAUUAUUAGUCAAACUUGGGAGAAAUUGUCCAAUGGGAACAUCUCAAAUAUUGUACUCUGCC